GACGGGCGCGCGUGGAGAGGGGGCGGGAGUUGGCAUUCGGUGGUCCUGGCAGUUAGCUGAGCGCGCCCUCUGAGCCGCUCGGUGGACACCAGGCACUCUAGUAGGCCUGGCCUACCCAGGAACAGCAGGAGAGAGAAGAAACAGGCCAGCUGUGAGAAGCCAAGGGCACCGAGUCAGUCAUGGCACCUAAGGCGGCAAAGGGGGCCAAGCCAGAGCCAGCGCCAGCUCCACCUCCACCCGGGGCCAAACCCGAGGAAGACAAGAAGGAUGAUAAGGAGCCAUCGGACAAACCCCAAAAGGCGGUGCAGCCCAAGCACGAAGUGGGCACGAGGAAGGGGUGUCGCCGCUACCGGUGGGAAUUAAAAGACAGCAAUAAAGAGUUCUGGCUCUUGGGGCACGCUGAGAUGAAGAUUCUGAGUUUGGGCUGCCUAAUAGCGGCAAUAAUACUGUUGUCCUCACUCACCGUGCACCCCAUCUUGAGGCUUAUCAUCACCAUGGAGAUACCCAUCUUCAGCUUCUUCAUCUUACUGUACAGCUUUGCCAUUCAUAGAUACAUACCCUUCAUCCUGUGGCCCAUUUCUGUGGAAAUUUGCAAAUCAUUCAUUUGGAAGAAGCUAGCCAGGGUGCAGUGUUUGUUGAUGGGGACCCUAGCUUUGGCUGAGGCUGACUCACCUCUCCACCUUCAGGACCUCUUCAAUGACCUGUUUGCCUGUGGGUUCCUUGUGGGAGCCGUGGUCUUUGCUGUGAGAAGUCGGCGAUCCAUGAAUCUGCACUACUUCCUUGCUGUGAUCCUUAUUGGUGUAGCUGGAGUUUUUGCUUUUAUCGAUGUGUGUCUUCAAAGAAACCACUUCAAAGGCAAGAGGGUCAAAAAGCAUAUGCUGGUUCCUCCUCCAGGAAAGGAAAAAGGACCCCAGCAGGGCAAGGGACCAGAACCCGCCAAGUCACCAGAACUCGCCAAGCCACCAGAACCUGCCAAACCACCAGAACCUGCCAAGCCACCAGAGCCAGCAAAGGGAAAGAAAUGACUUGGAGGAGGCUCCUGGUGUCUGAAACGGCAGUGUAUUUUACAGCAAUACGUUUCCACUCUCUUCCUUCUUUCUAGAAUGGUUUUCUUUUCCAUUUUCAUUACCACCUUUGCUUGGAAAAGAAUGGAUUAAUGGAUUCUAAAAGCCUAAA